GAGGAAAAUUAACAACGUUAUCAGUGGCCGUGCGGUUUAGCUACAUAUUUUCACGAUCGAAAAUGAAGUGAAUUUUACCUGAUUAUGUUAUUUGCAGUUUUACUUCAUGGCUAGAUUUUGAUAGUCCUCCACUUUGGUUUGAUUUGAGAAGUAUUUUUAUAUUGGGUCUAUCAAAAAGACUAUUUCUCAAAAUAUUUAAGUUCAAGUUCUUGAUAACAGAUAAUUUUCGUCGACCAAUCCUCUCAUGAUCAUACGAUCAUGACGGAGCCAAGUUGCCUCAAAGAUCUUGAGGAGAACUCUUUUGAUACCUACUGUAAAGUAAGUAGUAUAAUACUGAAACUGCUGGAUAACAUUAUCAAAGAGCCAACUAAUCCGAAAUAUAGGCGCCUGCGCAUUGGAAAUGCAACUGUCUCUGGAACACUUCUCCCCGCCAUAGGAGCGAUGGAAUGCUUAUUUUAUAUUGGUUUCAAGGAGGAUGGUGACGCAAUAAUGCUUCCAAACAACAUUCCUAUUCGCGAUCUGCAGAUGUUUCGCAACCAACUUCUCUCACGGAAAGCAGUCCAUGAGAAAAGAGUUUCAGAAACCCCAAAAAACGCUAGUAAACCAUCCACAACUGGUCAAGCUGGACCUUCCGAACAGCAACAACAGUCAAAACCAAUCAAACAAAACAUUGCCACCAACCAGCCCUCCUCCUGUAGUACGAAAUCCGAACAGCUCAGCAUAGCUGCUGAUAGAAAUUCUGAGGCAAACCAAAAUCCUUUACCAACAGCAUCCAUAUCAAACCAGGCAAUCAGCCAGAGAGAGAUGACCGUCCCAUCUUCAGGAGAAUCCAAGGAUAAAAUAAAGCAUAAACUUGAAGGAACAAAUUUGCUGGAGAAAAUUGACACGAUCUUCCACAAAAUGUCCAGGUAUGAAGACAAGAAGCUUCUAGCCAAAGCGCUAGCAAUCAUUCCAAGGCAAGAGCUCUCCGUCAAGGUGGCGAAACAGCUGGAGGACCCUAACAGCCAAAGCAACCCUCAACUCCAUACUCAAGAAUUGCUUCUCAUAGAGUUACUCAAAUGGUUCAAAACAUCUUUUUUCUCUUGGGUUGACAAGCCACAGUGUCCAUCUUGUGAGGGGCCAACAGAGUAUGUUAGUGAAUCGCCUUCUUUUGACGAGUCCAUCAGUAGAAUCGAGGAAUACAAAUGUUCGAAAUGCGGAAUAGAAGUUCCCUUCCCCAGGUAUGAAGAUCUUGACAUUCUCCUACAAUCUCGGAGAGGUCGCUGUGGGGAGUGGGCAAAUGUGUUCACACUGCUUUGUCGUGCAUUGGAGUGGGAUGCUCGUUAUGUUUACGAUGUUACGGACCAUGUUUGGACAGAGGUUUAUUCUAUACGGCAAAAACGAUGGCUGCAUUGUGAUCCGUGUGAAGCUGCUCUAGAUACACCACUAAUGUACGAAAAAGGUUGGGGGAAAAAGCUCAGCUAUGUCAUUGCAUUUUCACUUGAAGAGGUGCAGGAUGUUACUUGGAGGUAUUCUAGUCAGCAUCAAGAAAUUUGUUCUCGUCGAAAAACAAUUUCUGAGAAAGAGUUGAUAGACAAAAUUCUAUCUUUAUCGAGAAAAAGGCUGUCCUCUCUCCCACCUGAAAGGACCCAAUUCCUAUUGAGGAGGCGCGUAGAAGAAUUAGUCGAAUUUCUAAGCCCGCCAGAAGCAACUGAAGAAUACGGUGGACGGACGUCGGGAUCCAACGAAUGGCGUGAAGCACGUGGAGAGUCAAAAACUGUGAUCCAAAAACCUAUGUACGUUUGGAAGCCCAGCCCAGCUUCAAUAAAAAAUCUAAAGUUUCAGGUGGAGUACUCAACCGCACUCGACAAGUAUGUAGAAACACCGACUAAUCACGAAGUAUCGGGCUGGAACCGAGGAGUUUAUUCUGCAGAGGCAAUCUUCCGGAAAGAGGAGUUAGACUGGAAGACAGUGUACCUUGCUAGAACCGAGGGCAGUGCAGUUGGAAAAAUUGAGUGGAAAUUCAAUUUUGAAUCCUGCGGAGCAGCGGUCAGUCAAAUUCAAGUCAGAUGUCCUUUCACUGUAUAUGAGAAUGGAACUGUCCAAUGGUUUCUCUGUGAUGAAAAUAACUGUCAAAAAAUUCCAGAUGGCAAGGAAUUCAUCACUCAAGCCAGCCCAGGUGUCACUGAAUUCACCCUUCGCUCGGAACUAGGAAACGGGAAAGGCAACUUGGCAUGGCAACAUGCACAGCUCUUUAGACAAUCAACCGACAGCAGAGACUUCAUUUUUAGCAUCAUUUUUAAGCUGAAGCCUUUGGAAGGAAACCAUUCUUGACAAGAGUACCUUCGCUCAGAUCCUUAGUGCUGGCUCUGAGAGAAGGAGUGCGUAUUUUAUUUCAAAUUGAGAUCGCCUUUAUGUGUGGUUGUAUAGGAGUUUGUCCUUUGUCUCAAGAUGGAUACAAAUAAUUAUAAAAGAAACGAAUUUAUGGUCAUUUAAUCGGGUUAUAAUCAUUGAAUUUUAGUAUGUUUAUUAAAUUCAAAUUGAGAUUGCCUUUGUGUGUGGUUGUAUCGGAGUUUGUCCUCUGUCUCAAGAUGGAUACAAAUUAUUAUAAAAGUAAUGAUUUUAUAGUCAUUUAAUUGAGUUAUAAUCAUUGAAUUUUAGUAUAUUUAUAGAAAAAAUUCCUGGGAGGCAAAUCCUGCUGUUAAGCGCCAAGUAUUAAUAUGUAACAGUUAAGCAGGAAUUACUUCAAAAGAACUUUGAAAGAAUGGCCCAAAUGGAUAUUGCCAGUAAUUUUCUUUUUCACUGCCAUUUCCACUCUAGCCAUAGUCCCAAAGUUGUUUCAAAUUAUUUAUGAUCGAGUUCUAUAUAGGUACAAACACAUUUUGUCCCCAAGGUUUUUCAUGUAAUUGUUCCCUCAGCACCACAAAAAAACGCGGAAAAGGGGAUAAACUUUAGUGAAUAAGUAUCUCCACGUGUCAAGAAACUCUGAUAUCAGGGUCAAAAAAGUUUUUAGCCAAACAUUUGGAUGCAAUCUCUAUGAGUUAGCAAUUAACUUGCUGGUGUCAACCUCAUAAGCCUGAUGAGAUACCUCAGGAACACCUUUUUAUCGGGUGUCCUGAGCCCGACUUAGCACGGAACUUAUUUUAAUCUGUAAUUAAAUGAUUUGAACGCAAAGGACUUUUCAGAAAAUUACUUUAAGUUCGAAAAAACUUUGUGUAUCAAAGCUGUAGGGGAAACCCUGAAAAGAAGUUUGUAGAACCUCCUCAAAUCUUGCCACACAAUGAAAAUCAGCUUAUUCUGACCAGAGCCUUGGUCACAUAAGUUUAUACACUUUUAGAAUGCAACAGGAGAUCUGCCAUCUUGAUCCUUAAAUUCAAAUUCAAUGCUAAAUUAAAGACACCUGAUCUUCUGUCACACUUUAAAAAUGCGCAUCAUAUUUAGGGUGGACUCAUGAGGCACUUAAAGUACUGCGUGUUCGGUAUAAUUUCGUAAUCGGAUCAUCAGUUGCUUUUUCCAAAAAAAAAUCCUUUUUUUAAACGAAUCAGACGAUAAUGUAAUUAAUUUUUAGUUUUUAUAUACUUUUAAUAAAAAUAAAGUUUUCCUAA